CGAGAGCCGGGGCGGCGGGCGGCGGGCGCGGGGCGGUGCUGCCGGGAGGGUCGAGGCCGGGGGAGCGGGCGACGGGGCGGGCUCGGCCCCCGCGCGGGCUGCGGAGCGGGUUCGACUCCCGCCCCCGCGCAGUCCCGGGGAGGAUGCGGCCGGGGGCCCCAGGGCUGGGCGGGCGGCGGCGGCGGCUACUGCAGCCGCGCUAGCGGCGCGGAAGGGUGGGCGGCGGCGGCGGCAUGAGGCGCGGGGUCGACGCCCGCGGGAGGGAGGUGCUGCCGGCGGCCCGGCCGCUCCCGCUGCUGCUGCUGCUGCCGCCGCUGCCGCUGCUGCUGCUGCUGCUGCUGCCGCCGCUGCCGCUGCCGUUGCUGCCGCCGCUACUGCCGCUGCUGCCGCCCGCCGGGCUCGCUACGCCCUGCCCGCGGGGCCCCGGCCGCUGUCCUCCGGGCCGCCGCUGGUGACCCGUCGCCGCGCCGCCGGAGCCUUCACCCGCGCCCUCCCCCAGGACGCGCCCGCGGAGCGGCGGCCCCUUCGCGCGGCUUCGCGGAGGCCGCCGGCGCCGGGGCCGGAAGAUGGCCUGGGUGCUCAAGAUGGACGAGGUGAUCGAGUCCGGGCUGGUGCACGACUUCGACGCCAGCCUCUCGGGCAUCGGGCAGGAGCUGGGCGCCGGCGCCUACAGCAUGAGUGAUGUCUUGGCAUUGCCCAUUUUCAAGCAGGAAGACUCCAGCCUUCCAUUGGAUGGUGAAACCAAGAACCCCCCCUUUCAGUAUGUGAUGUGCGCUGCGACCUCUCCAGCAGUAAAGCUGCACGAUGAGACGCUCACGUACUUGAACCAAGGUCAGUCUUAUGAAAUAAGGAUGCUGGAUAAUCGAAAAAUGGGAGACAUGCCGGAGAUCACUGGAAAGCUGGUAAAGAGCAUCAUCAGAGUUGUGUUCCAUGACAGACGGCUACAGUACACAGAGCAUCAGCAACUUGAAGGUUGGAAAUGGAAUCGCCCAGGAGACAGACUUCUUGAUUUAGAUAUCCCAAUGUCUGUGGGAAUAAUUGACACCAGGACAAACCCAAGCCAGUUAAAUGCAGUUGAAUUUCUGUGGGACCCUGCAAAGCGCACGUCUGCUUUCAUUCAGGUACACUGCAUCAGCACAGAAUUUACUCCACGGAAGCAUGGAGGUGAAAAGGGAGUGCCUUUUAGAAUCCAGGUUGAUACCUUUAAGCAGAAUGACAAUGGAGAAUACACAGAUCACCUACACUCAGCUAGCUGCCAAAUCAAAGUUUUUAAGCCGAAAGGUGCAGACAGGAAACAAAAAACUGACAGAGAGAAGAUGGAGAAGAGAACUGCUCACGAAAAAGAAAAGUAUCAACCCUCCUAUGAUACCACAAUCCUCACAGAGUGUUCUCCGUGGCCUGAUGUGCCCACAACCUAUGUGAAUAACAGCCCCUCAACAGCGCCUGCGUUCACCUCCCCACAGCAGACUACUGGCAGCGUCCCAGACAGCAAUUCUUCUUCCCCAAAUCAUCAGGGAGAUGGAGUUUCACAGUCCUCUGGUGAACAACUUCAGCCCGCAGCCACCACCCAGGAAACACAGCAGUGGUUGCUCAAGAACAGAUUUUCCUCCUACACAAGACUGUUCUCCAAUUUUUCAGGUGCCGACUUACUAAAGUUGACAAAGGAAGAUUUAGUACAAAUUUGUGGUGCAGCCGAUGGAAUUCGGCUCUAUAAUUCACUGAAGUCAAGGUCGGUCAGGCCCCGCCUGACCAUCUACGUCUGCCAGGAACAGCCGGGUGGCACCCCACUGCACGCACAGCAGCAGGGUGCGGGCAGUGGGGGCGACAAUGGCAGCGGGACGCCCUAUGUUUAUCAUGCAAUCUACUUGGAAGAAAUGGUUGCCUCAGAAGUUGCUCGAAAACUUGCGUUGGUGUUUAAUAUUCCUUUCCACCAAAUUCACCAGGUUUACAGACAGGGUCCUACUGGUAUUCACAUUCUUGUUAGUGAUCAGAUGGUUCAGAACUUUCAAGAUGAGAGUUGUUUUUUAUUCUACACAGUAAAAGCUGAAAAUGGUGGUGGUAUCCACAUAAUUUUGAAGUGACAUCCUACAUAGUCCGAACUAUAUUCAGUACCAAAUAGCCACGCUUAAAAGUGUGUGAAGACUGAAUCCAAGAAGUCUUUGGGAUUGGAUUUUAUCGUAUGAAAUGUUUCAUAUUGAAAACACAAGAUGACCUUUGUAUUGAGCUGGUGAGAGGUGCCUCUGCUCCCUGCCACUGCCAGAGUCCAGCCUCCUGCGGGGUGAGCCGGCCACCAGGCCAGGAGACACAGAUCCUCGGAGGAGCCUCUGCUGUCCUCAUCCACUGUCUGCGGUUUGGAAGUGAAUGUAGAGACGUUCUUGGGCAUUUACCUUACUGUGCCAGUGUGGCUCUCACUGCCUGAACCUUCUGCUGGCCUGGGGCAGGGAGAGUGCCCUGAGCUGGGCUGGAGUCAGCACGGACCUGUCUGCGGAGAGAGGCCCCACACCUCCUCACCAGAGAUCAUGUCUGUGUGUGUGUGUCUGACGAGAUCGUGCCCAUCUGUCGGGAAAGAUCCAAGCCGGGACGGCGGGCUUGAAGCAAACUGCAUUAUCAAGAGUACCUUGGUGAGAGGAUCAGUGUAAAUCCUAAUAGGUACAAAGACUUGUUUUUUUCUUUGUUGUGGAUUUAUUGAAAAACUUUGCUUCUUCCAUUUUAGCAUUUGUUUCUGAGUCUCAUCUUUGAAGCCUCAUUGCCUUUUUUUCUGUUUUUCCUCCAUUUCUGACCAUCCUUUCUGUCCCACCCAUCUUCCGACAGUGAAAAUAGAUGACCUAGCAGGGGAAAAUAACUUCUGACUUGAUGUUAAGGGAUUUUCAUGGAAUUAAAAUUAUUCAUGAAACACUAGAUACUAUAAAGCAUACACUAAACUGUAGCAUAAAAAUUAUUCACACUUCUCAAAUUCUGAAUGCUAGUACAGUCAUGGGUGAGCAUUCUGGUGAUUAUUUAGGGCUUUUUUUUAUAUACUACACAAUAGCUUUUUCAAUAGAGUGCCUCUCUCGCAGAACCAAAUGCUUGUCUGUCAUGUACUUUUAAAGGGAGUCUGUUUCUGCACCCACCUUCCCAUCUUUAUUACCUCCCUUUCCAAAGUCGCCAGCAAGCAUUUCUGUGGUGUAGCACUCGGUUCUUUUAAAAGGCUUUCCAUUUUACAGAUUGCAUACCUACCCAGGUGUUUUAGUUUUGAGUGUAUUCCUUGGUCCUUCACAUUGUUCGGAUAGAAAUGAGAUAGAGUAAUUUUGAGUUUGAAAUCUCUUCCAGACUGCAAACUUCUUCCCAGUCCAUGAAAGCUUUGAGUUUAUGUUUUAUUCAUCAGGAGGGUUAUUUGAUACUAAGAAGCUCACUGCCUCUAUUUUCAUGUGGGGUGUGAAAGCAGCUACUGCUCCAGUGCUUGGGGGAUGAGAGCUCGCCUGUCUGUCUCCCCUUGCUUUCCUAAGCCCACAGGUUCCUGUACCAGUAUCUUUUGGGAAAGAAAUGAACUUCUCUCUUUGUUUUAACAAGUUUUGGUUGUCUUGUCUAUUUAGCAUUCUUUUUUUUUUUUUGGUCUCAUGAUUUAUGGAACAAUAAAUGUCAUUUAAUGCUGUG